AUGAGGUCUUCCAUGGUUCUUCUUGUUGCCGCCGGCCUGGUGUCGGGUCUGAGCAUCCCUAAGCAACUUGGUGCUCGCGAGGACAUUGUUCUUCGUGAGGAGGCUGCCCCAGCUGCCCCCGCUGCCCCCGCUGCCCCAGCGGCGCCUGCGGUCCCGGUGGCUUCUGCUGCGCCCCCAGCAGCCGCCCCUCCUGCCGAGGCCGCCCCUCCUGCUGAAGCUGCGCCUCCUGUUGCGGAACCACCUGCGGCGGGUGGAGAUGCUGCUGCUGAGGAGGAGAAGAAGAAGGCUGAGGAAGAGGCAGCUAAGAAGGCUGAGGAAGAGGCAGCUAAGAAGGCUGAGGAAGAGGCAGCUAAGAAGGCCGAGGAAGAGGCAGCUAAGAAGAAGGCCGAAGAAGAAGCCGCUAGGCAGCGUGAGGGACAGCAGGGCGAAGAUGCCGCCCAAGAGGCUGAGAAAGCUCGUAAGGAGGCUGAAAAGGCUCGCCAGGAAGCUGCUAGGGAAGCGGCAAAGAAGGCCGAAGAAUAUCAACGGGAGCGCCAGCGUGAGCGCCAGCGCGAGGGUCAGAGGGGCGGCAACAACCGGGACGGCAACCGGGACGGCAACCGUAACAACGACAACGACAGGAACAACAAGAACAAUGCCCAGCUCCUUCAAAUUGUCCAGCUGCUAUUGGCAUCCAUGGGUCUUAACAAUGUCAUCGAUAUCAACGCUCUCGCUAAGCUCCAGGCUCAACAGCAGCUUAUCAUGCUCGCCCAGCUCCAGCAACUUGCGCAACUCACUUCUGUCGGCCUGGUCAACCCCUUGCAGCUUGUUGGUCUCAUGAAGCAGGGUAUUGUUGUGAGCGGCAUUCAGAUUGGCAUGGGAAAGUUGUAA